AUUAGCAAACCACAUCAGCCAGCAAGCAAUCUUUCCACAUCGGUCCCCGCUGAAAAGCACUUGGAAAAGGGGCCCAAGGUAGACAUGAAUGAGGACAAGAACAAGAGAGACUCCAUCCAGAUGAGUAUGAAGGGAUGCUGGACGAAUAACGGGUUUGUCCAGAAUGAAGACAUCCCAGAGCAGGAGCCAGGCUCCAGGGACACCCCACAGCCCAACACUGUGAGUAUCCCUGCUCCAGAGGAGUCUGGCCCAAAGGCUGAGCGUCCCUAUGCCGGGAUGCCCAAGGAGGUGCUGUUCCAGUUCUCAGGCCAGGCUCGCUACCGGGUGCCCCGGGAGAUCCUCUUCUGGCUCACCGUGGUGUCCGUGUUCCUGCUCGUCGGGGCCACCAUAGCCAUCAUCGCCAUCUCUCCAAAAUGCCUUGACUGGUGGCAGGCAGGUCCCAUGUACCACAUCUACCCAAGGUCUUUUAAGGACAGUGACAAGGAUGGGAAUGGAGACCUGAAAGGCAUCCAAGAGAAGCUGGACUACAUCGCUGCUUUACACGUAAAGACUAUUUGGAUCAGUUCUUUUUAUAAAUCGUCUCUGAAAGACUUCAGAUAUGGCGUUGAGGACUUCCAAGAUAUUGAUCCUAUUUUUGGAACAAUGAAAGAUUUUGAGAAUCUGGUCGCAGCCAUACAUGACAAAGGUUUAAAGUUAAUAAUUGACUUCAUACCAAACCACACCAGUGACAAACAUCCUUGGUUUCAAUCCAGUAGGACGCGGAGCGGGAAAUACACUGAUUACUAUAUCUGGCAUAACUGCACCCAUGAAAACGGUGUAACCAUUCCUCCCAAUAACUGGCUGAGUGUGUAUGGGAACUCCAGUUGGCAUUUUGAUGAAGUACGAAAGCAAUGUUAUUUCCACCAGUUUUUGAAAGAGCAACCAGAUUUAAACUUCCGAAAUCCUGCUGUUCAAGAGGAAAUAAAGGAAAUAAUCCAGUUCUGGCUCUCGAAGGGUGUUGAUGGCUUUAGUUUCGAUGCGGUUAAAUUUCUUCUGGAAGCGAAGGACCUGAGAAACGAAAUCCAAGUAAAUGCAUCCCAAAUUCCGGACACAGUUACCCACUACUCAGAGCUCUACCACGACUUCACCACAACCCAAGUGGGAAUGCAUGACAUUGUCCGGGACUUCAGACAGACCAUGAACCAGUACAGCAGGGAGCCUGGCAGAUACCGGUUCAUGGGGACUGAAGCCUCGGCAGAGAGCAUUGAGAGGACUAUGAUGUACUACGGCUUGCCAUUUAUCCAGGAAGCUGACUUUCCUUUCAACAAUUACUUUACCACACUAGACAGCCUUUCUGGGCACACUGUAUAUGAAGUUAUCACAUCCUGGAUGGAAAACAUGCCGGAUGGGAAGUGGCCCAAUUGGAUGACCGGUGGACCAGAGGCUACCCGGCUGACCUCUCGCUUGGGGAACCAGUACUCCAACGCUAUGAAUAUGCUUCUUUUCACACUCCCAGGGACACCCAUAACUUACUAUGGAGAAGAAAUAGGGAUGAGAGAUAUUUCCAUUACAAGUUUCAACGAAAGCUAUGAUACUAACACUCUUCUGUCAAAGUCACCGAUGCAAUGGGACAAUAGCUCAAAUGCUGGGUUUUCUGAAGGCAAUCAUACCUGGCUACCCACAAAUUCUGACUACCACACUGUAAAUGUGGAAGUCCAAAAGACCGAGCCAAGUUCAGCGUUGAGGCUGUAUCAGGAUUUGAGUCUACUCCACGCCAAAGAGCUGCUUCUCAGUAGGGGUUGGUUUUGCCUUUUGAGGGUUGACAGUCACUCUGUUGUGUACACAAGAGAGCUGGAUGGCAUAGAUAAAGUCUUCAUUGUGGUUCUGAAUUUUGGAGAAUCAUCAACUCUGCUAAAUCUACAGGAAAACAUUUCAGGUCUUCCUACGAAACUGAGAAUAAGAUUAAGUACCAAUUCGGCCUCCAAAGGCAGUGAGGUUGACACACACGCCAUUUCUCUGGAGAAGGGAGAAGGACUCAUCUUGGAGCACAGCAUGACGACUCUGCUCCAUCACCAAGCAGCCCUCAGAGACAGAUGCUUUGUGUCCAGUCGCGCAUGCUAUUCCAGCACACUGGACAUUCUGUAUAGCCUGUGUUAGGGGUCUCCAUUUAGGAGGCGGCCACCCUGCUGGGUAAGCCUCAUGCAUGGCCACCAAGUCUUAUGUUUCGGUAGCAGGAAGGCAACUGUUUUAGGGAAGAUCCUCAAAUGUUGGAAAGGACAAUAAAAUGUUUAAAAGAU